CUCCGGGACUAUCUUUGACCUACUUCAACUUUUUCCAAAAUAUUCAAAAUUCUGAACAAUUCUACUCAUUACUCCCUUAUCACGAUACUGAUUUCGAUACUGUAUGACCAUUUGAGUAAGACACAUAAUGAGGUAUUUCAGUAACGAGUAUCCACCUGAGGCAAGCGGCAAAAGCGUUGAUAUCAACCCGGAAGUUCUCAAUCUGUAUAUUUCAGACAUCACCAACCAAAUCGCUGCAAAAGUGAAACCAUCACAAGGGAAUUGUGAUGGAGGGCUUUACGUGGGCUGUGCAGGUAUAGCGUAUGCCAUGUACUAUGUUACAGAAGCUAAUACUCUACCAGAACACAGAAGCGCAUUAUUGAAACUUGCCUCAAAUUACAUAAAUGCUUCGCUGGAGUACAUACACGAUAAACAUAAUAGAGACACUCCUUCUGCAUUUUUAUUGGGCCACGCUGGAGUAUAUGCAGCAGCUAGUCUACUAUCAAAAGCUUCUGGGGAUUCAAAAACAGCUGGAAUUUGGAACAAAAAGUUUGCAGAGUUGGCAGUAAUGUGUACCCCAGAAAACUUUUUGCGCUGUGGCUCAGAUGAAUUUCUUGUUGGACGAGCUGGUUACCUGUAUGGAUGUUUGAUGUUGAACAAAUCCUUUGGGCAGGUGGUCCCAAAAGAAGCUAUACAUUCACUAUGCAGUUCAGUGGUUCAGUCUGGCCGUCAUUAUUCGGUGAAACAUGAUUCUCCAUGUCCUCUGAUGUAUGCUUAUUAUGACACAGAAUACCUAGGUGCUGCACAUGGGCUAUCAGGUAUCCUACAAAUGCUUCUGUGUUUCCCUGACUUUGUGAAGAGUGAUGCUAAAAUUGAGGCUGACAUCCGUACAUCUGUUGACUUCAUGCUACAAAUCCGCCAGCCCAAUGGUAAUAUUGCACCAGCCAUGGAUGAAGUGUAUAGCAGACAACAGAGGCCAGCCAGUGAGGAGCUAGUACACUGGUGUCACGGUGCUCCUGGUGUUGUGUACUUGUUUGCCAAAGCCUACCUAACCUGGGGAGACCAGAAAUACCUGGAUGCUUGUAUAAAGUGUGGAGAGCUCACCUGGGGGCAGGGUCUACUAAAGAAGGGGCCUGGAAUUUGCCAUGGGGUAGCAGGUAGUGGCUAUGUCUUCCUCCUGUUGUACAGGCUCACCAAUAAUCCUGUGUAUCGCUACAGAGCUGAGAGAUUUGCAGAGUUCAUGCAGACAUCAAAGUUUAAGUCUGGUGCCAGAACACCAGAUUCUCCAUACAGCUUAUAUGAGGGACUCGCUGGGACAAUGUGCUUCUAUACGGACCUGUUACAGCCUGAUAAGGCACAUUUCCCCAUGUUUGAUAUCUUCUAAAUAUGUAUAGAAUCUCAUAUGGAUACGGAAUCACAUCCUAAUGAAACUGUUGAACACUAUCA